ACGACAUAUCAGCAUUUAGGUUGUGUUUCUCAGAAACGAAGUCAUACACAGGAAACCCUCAGCACAGGCGGAAGGCAGCUGGUGACUUGUCACUGGUUUCCUGUCAGACCAUCCACAGCCCUGAGGAUGAGCGUGUGUGCAGAGGAAGAGGAGGACAGAUUCAGCUGUCUGUCUCUGAGGAGUGACAGGUCAAUGGGACACCCACUGGUGUUCACUGACAAACCUCCUGCACGUAUAAAAGGUUUCUACGAAGAGUCGGUGGCGUCCACCAGUCAGUCUGAGACGAGUGACUGCCGCCUUGUUUCCCCUCCAGGCUUCCAUAACACACCUCAACCCACACACACAAGGAGAAGGAAAAAGUGCUGGAAGAAGCUGCAAACUCUGGUCCCUACCAGCCAGAAAGAAUGGUUGACCCCUUUCUUGAAACUGUCUGCUUCAACAGAAGCCUGCCAGGACUGUGGAGAACAAACCGGAAGAAGACCUGGACUGCAGACACCCAGUCAGACCAGCGCUGUAGAAGGUCGACAGGAAGUUUUGGAUGUUUUUAAAAUCAGUCUGAAGAGGAGAUGUGAACGUGUGACUGAAGGAAGUGAUGAAACAGGAAGUGGAACCCUCCUCAACAGGAUCUACACUGAGCUCUACAUCACAGAGAGACAGAGUGAAGAGGUUAAUACCCAACAUGAGGUGAAGCAGCUAGAGAAAGCUUCAAAGAAGAAGACCCUCCAUGAAACUCCAAUCAAGUGUCACCACAUCUUUAAAGCCUUACCUGACCAACAGGGACACAUCAGAGUGGUUCUGACCAACGGCGUCGCUGGCGUUGGAAAAACCUUCUCAGUGCUGAAGUUCACUCUGGACUGGGCCGAGGGUUUGGAAAACCAAGAUGUCAGUCUGGUGAUUCUGCUUUCGUUCAGGGAGCUGAACUUGAUCAAAGAUGAGCAGUACAGUCUUCUCAAGCUGCUCCAUGUUUUCCAUCCAACAUUACAGAAGGUCACAGCAGAGGAGCUCGCUGUCUGGAAAGUUCUGUUCAUCUUUGACGGCCUGGAUGAAAGCAGACUGUCACUGGAUUUCCACAACAAUGAGGUCGUGUCUGAUGUCACACAGAAGUCAUCAGUCAACGUGCUGUUGACAAACCUCAUCCAGGGGAAUCUGCUUCCCUCGGCUCUGGUCUGGAUAACUUCCCGACCUGCAGCAGCCAAUCAGAUCCCUCCUGCACGUGUUGACAGGGUAACAGAAGUACGAGGCUUCACUGACGCCCAGAAGGACGAGUACUUCAGGAGGAGAGUCAGUGAUGAAGAGCGGUCCAGCAGAAUCAUCUCACACAUGAAGACAUCCAGGAGCCUCCACAUCAUGUGUCUAAUCCCAGUCUUCUGCUGGAUCACUGCUACAGUUCUGGAUCACAUGUUGACUACAGAGCAGAGAGGAGAGCUGCCCAAGACCCUGACUGAGCUGUACUCACACUUCCUGCUGGUUCAGACAAAGAGGAAGAAGCAAAAGUAUGAUAAGGGACAAAAGACAAGUCCACAGGAGCUGACGGAGGCUAACAGGGACAUUCUUCUGAAGCUGGAAAGGCUGGCGUUUGAACAACUGGAGAAAGGAAACAUCAUGUUCUACCAAGAAGACCUGGAGCGCUGUGGUCUUGAUGUCACAGAGGCCUUGGUGUACUCAGGAGUUUGUACAGAGAUCUUCAAAAGAGAGUGUGUGAUCUUCCAGAAAUCAGUCUACUGCUUCGUUCAUCUGAGCGUUCAGGAGUUUCUGGCUGCGGUGUAUAUUUUUCAUUGUCACAUCAACGGGGACAGCGAGACACUGGAGACUUUUCUGGGGAAUGCCUGGGGUAGGUAUCGUACCUGUGACCCAUCUUUGGACAUGUUCCUGAGGAAAGCCCUGGAUGAGUCCCUGAAGAGCCAAAAUGGCCAUCUGGACCUAUUUGUCCGCUUCCUGCAUGGCCUUUCACUUGAGUCAAAUCAGAGACUCUUAAGAGGACUUUUAGGUCAGACAGAGAGCAGCCCAGAAAGCAUCCACAAAGUAAUCCACAAUCUGAAGGAAAUGAGCACCUUUGACAUCCCUCCUGACAGAAGCAUUAACAUCUUCCACUGUCUGAUGGAGAUGAACGACCACUCUGUACUUCAGGACAUUCAAAAGUACCUGAAAUCAGAGAACAGAUGGGACACGCACCUCUCUGAGAUCCACUGCUCGGCUCUGGCUUUGAAACUGAAGAUGUCAGACGAGGUCCUGGAUGUGCUGGACAUGGAGGCGUACAGGACGUCAGAGGAGGGGCGACAUAGAUUGAUCCCAGCUGUCAGGAAUUGCAGAAAGGCUCGACUUUCCUGUUGUCAACUUUUGGAGACUCACUGUGAAGUCUUGGCCUCGGCUCUAAAGUCCAACCCCUCCCAUCUGAGAGAGCUGGACCUGAGUGACAACAGGCUGCAGGACUCAGGAGUGAAGCUGCUGUCUGCUGGACUGAAGAAUCCAAACUGUAGACUGGAGACUCUGAGAUUAAGUGGCUGCUGGCUGUCAGAGAGCUGCUGUCCUUGUCUGGCCUCGGCUCUGAAAUCUGAAGCCUCCCAUCUGAGAGAGCUGGACCUGAGUAACAACAAACUGCAGGAUUCAGGAGUCAAGCUGCUGUCUACUGGACUGAAGAGUCCACAUUGUAGGCUGGAGACUCUCAGUUUGAGAUACUGCAGCUUGUCAGAGAGCAGCUGUUCUUCUCUGGCCUCAGUUUUGAAGUCCAACACCUCCCAUCUGAGAGAGCUGGACCUGAGUUAUAACAUGCUAUAUGACUCUGGAGUGGAGCUGCUGUCCGCUGGACUUGAGAGUCCAAAUUGUCAACUGGAGACUCUGAGACUGAGUUUUUGCAGCUUGUCAGACAUCAGCUGUAGUUUUUUGGCCUUGGCUCUGAUGUCCAACCCCUCCCAUCUAAGAGAGCUGGACCUGACUGACAACAACUUGCAAGAUUCAGGGGUGAAGCUGCUCUCUGCUGGACUGGAAAGUCCACAAUGGAGACUGGAGACUCUCAGGGUGACAAAACCUCGAACGCAGCCAACAGCAACUGAAAACUGCUGAAAACAUUUUCCAACGGAGGGCAGUAUCAUCCGCAUCAAACGACAGGAAAGACACUUGGAAGUGGAGAUACCAAAAGCGCUCACAGACUCUCUAAAGAAUCAGCAUUACACUAAGAUCCUUCUGUUCCCUCUUCAAUGUGAAACAAGUUACUGAAGUGCAAUGGAUUGUUGGACAAGUCAAGACUGUAACACGUACACAAGUCACUGAAAAUUCAGUCCAAAGGAGGACAUGCGUUGGAGUCUUCAGACAGCCUGACUGUCCUGUAACAGCCUGGACUUUGAAUAAGAGGAAGCACUUUUU